GAAGACAAAGUAAUUGCGUCCUGCUGCAGUUAAUAUGCUUCAUAUUAUUGUACGAAGAUAUUUCCACUAUAAUAACUUUUUAUGGGUUACUCUUCAAUUUGGCAAAAUACAAUGGUACACAAUUGUUGCAAAUAUGUUUGGCAUAUUUAAUGAAGGCCUACACAGUCGUUAGCGAAGAAAAGAAGAAGCUUAACAAAUAUCUAAGAAACUUUAUUUAAAAAAUAAAUGCUUCUAAUUUUCUGUGUAAAAAAGACAAGAAAUGGAUUCAGGUUAGUACGAGUUUCGAUUACGGUAGUGUUAAUCGUGAAAAGCUGUAAAAUCCACUAGUCAUUUAAUUAAAGAGCAGUCGCAAUUACGCUUCACUCGUUAAGCGUAAGUGUCCCAAUGUUCGGCUAACAAAAGUGCGCGUAGUUGCACGCUCUUGACGCGAAAAAAUAAUGACCCUUUAGUUGAAAGAAAUAAGACAAAAAAAAACAGCACUCCCAUGCAAGAGCAGACUUCAGGUCGAUAUAAUCCCUCCAUUGAUUAAAGUCGAUGUUCUGUUAGAAUUCUCUCCCCAAAGGACGACCUUCGUAGUGGGGUGAACCGACGAAUAAGGGAGAGAACGCUGGCCGUCGACACUAGUUUAGUUGCCUUAUGAACCGCAUACGAAUCGUGCGUCGUGGACCUUUAUUUUUUUUCGCAAAAAUUACUCCUAGUUUUUACGAACGCUUUACGUUCCGCGAACGAUCUAUCGAUACCGUCACUGAUAUUCUACGACAUUGCCGAAGACGCGAAAUGCAAACAUUUGCAUACUGUGAUAAAUAGUUUGGUAGUAUCCUGAAUUUUUUAUUAGUUCGAACGUCCUUGAAACAUGUUUCUUGUAUUGUACGUGGAAUUUAAAUACACAUAAAGGAAUUAUUUUUUUACGAGUGGGAUUUUGUUGGCGUAAGGCACAAUUGAAGGGAGUUAAAAUUCGAAAAUUAAUUUUUAAAUUAGUUUUACUUGCACUUAAUAAAUUAAUAAAAAUUAAUUAUUCACAAUUAACGAAUUAAUGCUGAGAGGCGCGAUUAAUAUCGAUGAAACGUAAAAUAGUUUUAAAUUACGAAGAUGGGCAAAUCUUUGAAAAAAGUGGAAGCGAAAGUUUGAAGUGCAAGUCCGGUAUCGAUUCCCGUAAAUUGCGGAGGUGCAUCCCCUAAUAGCAAUUUUAUGACUCUUAUUCGCUCAAAUCGAGAAGCAUUCCUGACAGAGAGAGAAUGUUUGCAUCGGGAUAAACAAGAAAAUUGAAUUGGACACGGAUGACGAAUUGGAUAUGAACUUGAAAUCUAAAUGGCCUUUUCUUGGAAUACUGGUUAUCAUCCUCCUUGAAUUAGACGUCACUAGAUCAAUUAUGGAAGAGAAAGAAGAGUUUGCAUCAUUAAAAAUUGAUUCCCCUUCUUCUCACGUUGCUCUUUCGGGGGAUCUCGUGAUAUCUGUUGUAAAAUCGAAUCAAACGUUAGACGAAACAAAGUACAAAUACGAGUUCAAAAAAGAAAAUAAUCAGAAUAUUAAGCAGCUAGAUAAUGUUUCUAACGAAUUUUCUCUAUUAAGAAUACUGUACCUUCUUGAUGACAUAUCAGAAUUAAUUGGUGAAAUCCAAUUAGAAAAGCUACCUUCAGAAAAUGAAACUAUUUCAAUUAUCGUACCUUGCGGAUAUUUCACACGUGGCGGUAUUUACGUUUUGCAAAUAGAGUACAAAUACAAAAAUUCAGCGGUGUCGAUUGUCUCCAAUUAUCAGACAAGUAAAAUAUUGGACGUUAAAUGGCCGAUGCCAAUGCUCUUCUUGGAGUCGCAGCAAAUUACCACUUACCCGAGUAAACCUGUCAAGACCGUGAUAAAAUACGACGGAGUUAAUUGCAAUCCCUCCGAAAAUGUUCCUGCAACAGUCUAUAUUUUACAAUUAAUAUAUUGCGGCUCAAGCGUAACUGCUUGUUACUUACAAAACUAUACUUACAUUCAGAUAUUAUACCAUGAAGAAAUACGGGAAUUUCUGACAACAAAAACUGUAUAUUUCCGGUGUGAAUUUUUCGGGUUGCCGGGAAAUUAUGCAGUUCGACUGAAAGCUUCGAACGUUAAUCCUACGGCACCAAAUACAAGUGUUUAUUUUAAGGUAAAUUGGUCAGAAGAAUUUAAACUGACAGUCCAUGCCAGAUCGAUAUAUCCCUGCGAAGGAUCAGGAGGUGUAUCCGUCCUUUUCGAAUAUCCUUCCUGUCGCUUAGAAGGUGAUCGAAUUCGCGUUUACGGGCGUUUAAAAGCUGACGUCACAUCCGUUGCUUCGCCUUCCACUCUUCAUUAUAUUACGGAAUCUAGAUCGAUACCUGGCAAGCACUCCUUGGCUUUCGACUGUGAUUUUUUUACGGAAAAAUUUGUCGAAUAUUGCUUCAUCUAUGUCAGUCAAGCCAUUACAGGUGCCAUGGUGGACGUUAAGAUAUCCUGUAUACCUACCUUCCCUUUUCAAGAAGGUGAUGCUGCUGGCUGGGGUCCAUGGAGUCCAUGGAGUCCAUGCAGUAGCUCAUGUUUUGGAGGAAUUCGAAAUCGUUAUCGUUUCUGUGACACCCCACCACCAAAAUAUGGAACAAAAUUUUGCCAGGGAAAAGCAAUAGAAACUGAAUUUUGUGGUAAAGCUUUUUGGGACGAGUCCCAAAAAGAAAAGGGAUGGCAAAACCAGGUUGAAAAUUCUGAAUGCCAUACUACAGUUUUAGCUGCCACAAAACCUGAAGUUGUAGCUGAAAUUGGAUUACAGUGUCGAUGUGGAUGUCGUAUAACGUUAAAAGAACAAUUUACUAGAAAAAUGCUAGGAGCUAAUACUCAAGCAUGUCCUGGCCGAUCUUUUUGGCUUUUACAGGCGGAGACAAAUUUUGUAAUAGGAUUACAUCUAGAUCAAUUACAAUUUCCUUGUCCAGGGCAAUAUUUUCGUGUUCGAGAUGGCAAUUCUUUAAACGCGGAUCUUUUGAUCGACGUUGCUUCGGAUAAGAUACAACAUCCAAAGAAGACACUAAUAAGCUCUGGACAAAAUUUACUAUUAGAAUUUUUUAGCGAUGAACUUACAGCAUCUGGAGAUGCUUGUAUCGGUGGUUAUCUUGCUCAUGCAGCUGUACUAGAUAAAAAAUACUUGAAAAGAAAUGGAACUGUAACCGUUGUGCCUUUUGAAGUAAAUUCAACGAAUGUUGAAAAAGAAUGGAUCUUUUGGAAACCAGCACACUUAGUAACUGCCUUACUUUUAAUACUGAUAUUCAUAGUUUCUGUCUUUUUGACAUUGCAGUUUGUCAUAAAGUAUAGGAAGUAUCGUAUUGCAGAGGAUUUGGAUAAUCUUAGUGACGUUUCUGAGGUAAUACCUGGCCGAUCAAAAUAUUUGUCUACGAGUACGCUUAUUUCUGAAGUGAUAUCAAUGAUAGAAACCACUGCAAAGAAUUCUCCAAAAGAAACUUUAUGUAGUGCAGUGGAACAAUAUAAUAGUACUGAAACUUUAACUGGUUAUAAAGAAGAAAACAAUUUGAGUUCUAGUACAUUAAAAUUGAAUAAUAUAGUUGAAACUUCCUCAACUGAAACGAUCACAUCACCAAAAUCAGACUGUGAUAAAUUAUUAUCAGCUUCCAGUAUUGUUUAUAAUAAACCUGAAGUAAAAUAUGCUUAUCCUGUAAGAUUGCAAACGAUAGAUUGUAACACUUCAGAAGAGAAAAUAUUAAAAAUAGAAAAUGAAAAAUUAGAAGAUAUUAAAAACAAUAUUACACCCAAAAUUUACCAGAACAAUGAAAUUAGUUAUUCUGAUGGAAAGGAAUCUUCUCCCGAAAGUACCGUUUCAAGUUCAACAACAACUUCAGGAGGUGGAAAAGAAACUAAGGAAAAAAGAAACCGAGAAAAACUUUUACAAGGGCCAGGAUCAGAAUUUAGUUUAACGAAUCUCGACUCAGAAUUAGAAUUGGAUUAUUAUGAUUAUAAUGUAGCCAAUGCUAGUGCUGUUCCUGGAUCUUAUUUAGGCAUGGAUCCUGCUUUUCUGGUAUGGAUUCCACCAAUUGAAGACAUAAAUCUUGACACAGAAGAUUUUCUAUUAGGUAAUAAAAGGGAUUCCAUUUUAACUCUUGAAACUGAAGGUAUUGCACUAACACCUUCUGAAUAUAGAAGAAUGAAACUUUCUACUUUUGAUGACUUCAAACUUGAAUUAGAUCCAGCGAAAAAAUAUUUUAGAAAAGAUGAUACAUGUCAAAAUUUGGAUUAUGGAAGUUUAAUGAACGAUGAUAUUUCUGGAACUCCUAGAACAAGGACAUUUGAAAAAUUACUUCCUAUUCAAAAACUCUUAGAAGAUUCUAGCAUUAAAGUAAGCAUGGAAUCUGUAUCUAGUGUCCUUGAGCAUAAACAAUAUUGCGUUAUUCCAAAUAGAAGGGUUUAUAUAGGUAAAGAUGAGGAAUCAGUUGAAAAAUCUAAUUCCCCAAAAAGCCUUCACGAUAGUCCUAUAAAUAUAAUUGAUAGCAGUGAAAAUAAUAAAGAAAAAUUAAAUUCUGCACCAAAUAAAGUUUUGCAAAAAGAUUUAUCAAAAAUAACAAACAAUUCUAGUCAAAAAAAAGUGUCCAAAACUCAAGAUGAGGAGUUAACAAACAUAUCCUGCACAUAUAAAGAAUUAAUGGAGUGCACUCAAUCCUUUACAAAUAAACAAGAUACUGUGAAUAUUCCAAUGACAGAAUUAUCAGGAAGUCCUUUAAGAAAUGUUACACAAAUUCAAAAAAGAGAUACUGAAGUUUCUUUAAAUAUUCAAAAUACAGAUUGCGGUAUAGAAGCAUUUUGUAAAAGACAAGGUUCUCUUUAUGAUCAAAACAUAAAAUUUGUUGAUGAAGAUGAUGAUGAUGAUUAUAUUGGUUAAAAAUUGUAUAGAAUUUCUUUUUAUUUUUAUUAUGAACUUGAUUUUUAUAAUACCAAAAACAGUAUUUUUGUUUUAAAU